GUGGAUUUCUGUUUUGCCUUUACAAAAAAUAAACAUUGUUAAAUGCUUUAACGUUCGCGCACAUUGAAAACAAUGGAUUCUGUUCUUACUCUUCCAUUUCCUGACGAUGAAUUUGCAUCCGAACUCAGCCACAUGGAGUACGGCGACAUCAACGAUCUUCUAGAACAAUCUUCCCAACUCUACCCCACAAAUAUGGUUGGAUACAAAGAGAACAAACGAGAAACAGAUUUCAUUGAUGAGUUUCUUAACCUCAGUUCUGUUGAAAGCCCAAACACAGGAAUUUAUAUCAACGCUUGUAAUUCUACCACCCCCUGUGUUCAGACUGAAGAAGCAUCCCUAUUAUUGAAGCAAUCACAAAGUUCAAAGGUUGUUGACACCGAUCACGAUUAUGCUGGGGCUUCCAACAUUUCACAGUGCUCACCAGCUCCACCUAGUGAUAGUGGGGUAUCUUCAAUUAGCAGCUCCCCUAAAAAUGACAACCAGUACGACCAGUUCCGACCAGAACACGACUCCUCCAGCAGCAGUGACCAAUUAUUCGGAAACGGCGCAUUUGAAUUCGAUUUUUCCGACUUCGAAAUCGAUCAAAUUAACAAUGGUACUUUACCUGGGGCAAUACACAAUCAUCAAACAGAAGACGUGACCUUAGAUUUAAGUGUAAUCGAUGCCAGUAACCUCCGUCAAAAGCGCUUUAGCGGCGACAGUGAUAGUUGCAACGGAUCUGUUCACUCUGGUAGCAGCGGAGAACUUUACAGAUCGGAAUCAACUACAGUUGACAUGGACACUGCUGCUACAAGGCAUACUGCAACCAGUGUGUUGCUGCCUAAUUUUAAGCCCCUAGUUUUGACAGCUGAGGAACAAAAACUGUUGAAAGAAGAAAACAUGACGAUCCCCACAGAUCUUCCGCUUACUAAAUACGAGGAAAGGGUUUUGAAAAAAGUCCGUCGAAAAAUUCGGAACAAGAAAUCUGCAAUGGCAAGCCGACAGAAGAAGAAAGAUUACAUCGGUGGCCUCGAAGCUCGUGUAACAAAAUGCACCAACCUUAACCAGGCUCUUUCCCAGCGUGUAAAACAACUUGAACAGCAAAACUUCACUCUGUUAGAGCAGCUCAAGCAAGUACACGAUGCUGUGAAAAAGAACAGCAGUAAGACAACGAAAGCUACCACAUGCUUAAUGGUAAUGAUUUUAUCAUUCGGUUUAUUCAUUGCGCCGAGCUAUGGACCGUUUAGCAUUGACAACAAUGAAGAUGGUUUGAUUGACAUACCACAAGGCCACCGCACACGGAAAAUUCUGGAGCACCCGCAGUCAGAUAACGGUUACACAAUAGUAGAACCUCCCAACUCGAUCGUACGACCUUUUAACCCUUCCCUUUACCCGAAGUCGGAAGUCAUUUUGAAAGAUGGAAAUGUCUUAUACCCUGAUACCGAAAGUCAAGACAUGCAGCACGAAAAUGACACCGCACAUAAUAACGCAAGCGGCGAAAUGCGAAAAGAUACAGAACCACCAUCCAACCUCCAUUCAACACAGACUAAAACCGAACAUUCCUCCUCCCCUCUACCUCCGGACCCUAAUCCUGGAGCAGUGGUCACAGGAGUAAAGAUGGAGUUACCAGACACACAACCAGUGCCAGACUUUGGCGUUGGCCACAACCUAAAACGAUCAGCAAGUAUCAAGUCUCCAGUAAAGCGUCGAGACGAGAUAUAACUCUUAUCUUAAAAGUCCCAUGUUUGGAUUUUCUACCGCAUGGUAAAAAAAAUUUUGACAGAGCUGGGAAAAACAGAGCUGGGAAAAGCCUAAAACUAAAAUUCUCCGCGUGUCUUAUCGUGCAUGUGAAUAAUCUAGCCAUUUUAAAGGGGCAAUGUGUUUUUUUUACCGCUUGAUGGGUAAAACACCUAGCCACAGAGCUACAACAGCCAUUCCUUGCAUAGUAAACUACUUCUUUUAGUGAUGGCCCAACUCUGGCCUAAAUCCCAGUUUCUGUAGCAUGUUUCCCAUUUAUAUACCACUUACAGCGCUGGGUAAAUUCCAGCGCUUAGAUGGUUGCUUUACAUAACAAUAAUACCCAUUAUUAUGACGCUCUGCAUUCGCAGAACCGAUAUAAAAAGUCAGUUCCAAUUCUUCUGCACUUACUUAUUUUUAAUGAAGAAAACAAUUUGUUUAGUUUUACAUGAGAUUCGUCAACAGGUUUACCAGAGAAGCGAACUUGGUGUAUUGAGUCUAAUAUUGCGCGCCCAAAAUACUUUUGUUCGUGCCACAGUUUUCUAUGUUUUGUAAAAAAAUGCAGUUUUGCUUACGCUCGAUCUUGUAUUGUAUUUAAAAAUAAAAGCGAGCAGUGGUCCGUACGGUUCACUGAAA